AUGUCUGAAGACGACCCGCUCCCGAAGGACCAUAUCAGACUCUUUGUCCUUCUCCCAGGAGAAAACUCGAGUCCAUUGAGCGGCUACAUCGUACCUGUCGACCUCUCCGAACCUUACACUGGACAAGAAUACAAGGCACUCUCUUACACUUGGGAAGACGUCACCGAUACUGAGAAGCAACUCAGGCCAAUUCGAUAG